ACUGCAUGGAAGGCUUGGUUGCCAACAACAUUAUCAUGCAGUCACCAUGAGCCAAUCCGUAGGCAAUCCAUGCUGCGUACUUUGUAAACAAAAAUGGCGUUUAAACGAGAAGGCACCGACACAGCGCUGUUGCAAGACUUGCAGAAACGACGAGUUAGCGAAAUUCUUGUGAGCCAUAUCCCGGAAGACGAAGCACUUCUACUCAAGAAUGGAAAAUACGCAUGUACCCUGUGUCCACACCGACCCGUCCUCGACACCAUUGAAAUGCUUGCCAUGCACAGAAAGGGCAAACGACACUUGAUAAAUUUGACCCGGCACUUGUCACAUACAAAAUGGAAGGAGCGUGAACUGCAAAAAAGGCUACAGGAAGCGAACACAGCCUCUGGAACAGUAGCAACUAGCUUUGAUCGUACCAAACUUCUAGGCUCUGCACCAGUGAAGGCAACAAAGAAGGCACCACGCCUAAAGCUUAUGAAGUCAGCACCUUAUAGCAGCUGUUGUAAAAAGAAAGGAGGUGAUCAGGAGGGCACAGGUGUCAGCGGAACGGGUGAGGCAAAAACACCAGCCGUACUGCAGAAUACAGAGAACCCUCUAGUCAAGGCAUACAUAAAGAAAACCCAGCUAAAGAACAGCUUCACUGCUGUCGUCGAACAAAGCAAGCGCAGCAGUACGACACCAUCUUCUACAAAUCUGCGACUGGAUGGCAGUAGUCAAAAGUGCGACGAUGGUGAAAGCAUAGCACGACCAAGGAAGGCUGUAUCCAAAGGCAUCAAGAAAGAUCUUACUGAGGAAGAGGCUAAGGAGAAGGCGAAAGCUCAGUACUUUCUCAACUUGCGAAUGUCUGGCUGGAAGCUGGACAAAGAUGGCAAAUGGGUCAAAGACGAGAAUGUCGAGUUUGACAGUGACGAAGAGGAGCCUCCACCUUUUGUUGAUGAAAGUGGGGCUUCCAUAUCAUGACGUCUGCUGAAGUUUGAGCGUGUUGAUAUCUGAUAGGGUGAUCGUGAGCAGUAUUAAGUGGGGCAGAGAAAACGAGGGCAACUCGCACACCUUGUCCCAUUAAGCGCUGCUUAUACUUAAAACAUCUGCUGCUUUUGUAAUAAAUACAUGAUUUUACACAAGUG